UGUGCACAUAGACACUUACACAUUACUGGUGGAAGGCUUAAGUCCCAACCUGAAAGAAAGGAGGCCUCCCUGAAGCAGGGAAGAAUUUACAUCUGAGAAGUUUGGGGAAGAGAUCAAUUGGCAGGGCUCUGCCUGGGCCAUACUGAGUUUUGGUUUCCUCCAUCCUGAUCCCUAAGAGUUGUGUGUUGGCCUGUCAAAACCUGGCUUCAUAUGUUCUCUGCUUUCUCCACCAUAACAGUCUUACCCCUCCGAACUAUGAGCUUGAAGGGUGGGAUGGUGCUAGACCUUGAUGGAAGCCAAAGACAGCACAGAAGUAACCUUCUUUCAAACUUGACCCUAUUUGCAGCAUUUGAGAUUGAUGCUACUCUGUAGAGAUUGCAGCCAAGGCCUAAACAGCCCAUCUGGUUUGAAAGUGCUGUUUUUCCUAGAUACUCUAAAGACUGCUCACUUCAGCCAUUUCCCCCUCUUCCAGGGCCUUCAUCCCCAGCCUGCCCUGCCUCUGCAGACUCACCAGCUUGUUCCUUUUCUGGAAGAUCGCAACAGGCCCUAUCUGGCCCUCAAGCAUGGCUGCCCCAAGUAGCUUAGUAAUUGAGCAGGAAUUGAGAUUAGGAGAUGUAGCACAAAUAUUCUAGCCCAUCCUGAGACAACAAGACAAAUAGUCUGAAAUCACCGGAAAUUCUGAGUUCUUCACAAUGGACAGCAGCUGUCCAAGAUUUUUUAAAAAGAAAGAAAAAAAAAAAAAAGCAGGAGUUACCUGCCCAGACAGACCUAGUUUACUGAGUCUGGAACCUUUACAGCAGAAAGUGGGGCUGGGGAGAAAGUUCUCCCUUGCUACAGUCUGCUACUGCCUUGUUCUUGGUGGGGUUUUUUUGUUUUGUUUUUGGUUGUUUUAAAGGGAGAUCCCUUCCUUGGCAAAAGGAAGAGACUCUGAAAUGGACUGAAUUACUCCUAUAGACCUGUUGGCUUUGGCCCAUAGAAUUUUAGAAACAGUUGGGAUUAUGAUACUUAAAAAUUUUGGAAUUUCACACAAAUUCAGAUUCCUGGCUUCUCUGGAAAUAAGCAGUUCAGAAUGGAAAGCAGUGAGUAGAUCCGCAACUAAGGGCUCACAUGCCUUCGUGGCAGUCACAGCAAGGCCCCAAGCGGUGAAAAUGAUGCCACCUUGCAUACCACGGGUGCUGCUACUUGGGAUUAUUGGAAGGAGUAAAGGAGAGAGGGAAAGACAUUUGGGGAAUGAAUUUUAAGGCAGGGUUUAAAGUUGGAAGGGUGAAGUUGAAGACCAGAGCAGUGUCCGGUGCAACAGAAAUGAGGAGGUAAAAAUUCCCCUGAGACUCAAAAUGUCUGACCUAAGAGGAAACAGUUCAUGCGGUCCACUGGUUCCCAACAAGUGAGAUAUGUCCUCUCCCAUCAUGCCCUCCAGGAACAAUGGGGAAUCUUAAGGGGUUAUUCCUCCCACCUUCCACACAGAUUCCAUGGACCAUUUGCAUCAGGAUCAUGGUAAACCUUGGGUUCCUGGGGCCAACUCCAGAGCUACUGGGACCCAGGAAUCUGCAUUUUGACAAACCAUCCUGGUCAUUCUCAUGCAAUGAAAUACUUGAAAGCCACCGCCUUAGAGAGUAGAGAGUAAGUCUCUGGCCUGCCAGAAAGGAGGGAUUAUUAUCUCAUUUUACGGAAGGCUCAGAAAAAACAUGGCCCCUUAACAACCAGUUGAUGGUGAUGCCAGGUUCGACCGCCUGCUUCCCAGUGCACUACUCCCAUGUGCACACACUACAGUCUGCCCACAGAUGUCCACUGGAUGCCAGAAUCAGGAGAUUGUGCUGGGCAGACGAUGCUGGACACGAUGGAGGCGCCCGGCCACUCGAGGCAGCUGCUGCUGCAGCUCAACAACCAGCGCACCAAGGGCUUCUUGUGCGACGUGAUCAUCGUGGUGCAGAACGCCCUCUUCCGCGCACACAAGAACGUGCUGGCAGCCAGCAGCGCCUACCUCAAGUCCCUGGUGGUGCAUGACAACCUGCUCAACCUGGACCAUGACAUGGUGAGCCCGGCCGUGUUCCGCCUGGUGCUGGACUUCAUCUACACCGGCCGCCUGGCUGAUGGCGCGGAGGCUGCGGCGGCGGCCGCCGUGGCCCCGGGGGCCGAGCCGAGCCUGGGCGCCGUGCUGGCUGCCGCCAGCUACCUGCAGAUCCCCGACCUCGUGGCGCUGUGCAAGAAACGCCUCAAGCGCCACGGCAAGUACUGCCACCUGCGGGGCGGCGGCGGUGGCGGCGGCGGCUACGCACCCUACGGGAGGCCAGGCCGGGGCCUGAGGGCUGCCACGCCCGUCAUCCAGGCCUGCUACUCGUCCCCGGCCGGGCCUCCGCCGCCGCCCACCGCCGAGGCGCCGUCGGGCCCCGAGGCCGCGGUGAACACGCACUGCGCCGAGCUGUAUGCCUCGGGCCCCGGCCCGGCCGCCGCGCUCUGCGCCCCGGAGCGCCGCUGCUCCCCGCUCUGCGGCCUGGACCUGUCCAAGAAAAGCCCGCCGGGCUCCGCGCCUCCCGAGCGGCCGCCGGGCGAGCGCGAGCUGCCCCCGCGCCCAGACAGCCCUCCCAGCGCCGGCCCCGCAGCCUACAAGGAGCCACCGCUCGCCCUGCCGCCCCUGCCGCCGCUGCCCUUCCAGAAGCUGGAGGAGGCCGGACCGCCUCCGGACCCAUUCCGCGGCGGCGGCGGCGGCGGCGGCAGCCCGGGACCCGAGCCCCCCGGCCGCCCCGACGGGCCCAGCCUCCUCUACCGCUGGAUGAAGCACGAGCCAGGCCUGGGCAGCUACGGCGACGAGCUGGGCCGCGAGCGUGGCUCCCCCAGCGAACGAUGCGAGGAGCGAGGCGGGGACCCGGCCGCCUCGCCCGGGGGUCCUCCGCUCGGCCUGGCGCCGCCGCCGCGCUACCCGGGCAGCUUGGACGGGCCUGGCGCGGGCGGCGACGGCGACGACUACAAGAGCAGCAGCGAGGAGACGGGCAGCAGCGAGGACCCCAGCCCGCCCGGCGGCCACCUCGAGGGCUACCCGUGCCCGCACCUGGCCUAUGGCGAGCCCGAGAGCUUCGGCGACAACCUGUACGUGUGCAUCCCGUGCGGAAAGGGCUUCCCCAGCUCGGAGCAGCUGAACGCGCACGUGGAGGCGCACGUGGAGGAGGAGGAGGCGCUGUACGGCAGGGCCGAGGCGGCUGAGGUGGCUGCAGGGGCCGCCGGCCUCGGGCCCCCUUUUGGAGGCGGUGGGGACAAGGUCGCUGGGGCUCCGGGGGGCCUGGGCGAGCUGCUGCGGCCGUACCGCUGCGCGUCGUGCGACAAGAGCUACAAGGACCCGGCCACGCUGCGGCAGCACGAGAAGACGCACUGGCUGACCCGGCCCUAUCCGUGCACCAUCUGCGGGAAGAAGUUCACGCAGCGCGGGACCAUGACGCGCCACAUGCGCAGCCACCUGGGCCUCAAGCCCUUCGCGUGCGACGCGUGCGGCAUGCGCUUCACGCGCCAGUACCGCCUCACCGAGCACAUGCGCAUCCACUCGGGCGAGAAGCCCUACGAGUGCCAGGUGUGCGGCGGCAAGUUCGCCCAGCAACGCAACCUCAUCAGCCACAUGAAGAUGCACGCCGUGGGUGGCGCGGCCGGCGCGGCCGGGGCGCUGGCAGGGCUGGGGGGUCUCCCCGGCGUCCCCGGCCCCGAUGGCAAGGGCAAGCUCGACUUCCCCGAGGGCGUCUUUGCUGUGGCGCGCCUCACGGCUGAACAGCUGAGCCUGAAGCAGCAGGACAAGGCGGCUGCGGCCGAGCUGCUGGCCCAGACCACGCACUUCCUGCACGACCCCAAGGUGGCGCUCGAGAGCCUCUACCCGUUGGCCAAGUUCACUGCGGAGCUGGGCCUCAGCCCCGACAAGGCGGCCGAGGUGCUGAGCCAGGGAGCGCACCUGGCCGCCGGCCCCGACGGCCGGACCAUCGACCGUUUCUCCCCGACCUAGAGCGGUCUUGCCGCCGCGUGGCCCCGGCCCGCGCCCCUAGGCAGCGGCGGCGGGGGCCACCAUCAGGCAAGCACACCGCGCCCGACGACUGUAGUAGCUGCGGCAGCGUCGCCGCAGGGGCGGCGGCCCCACCUGGCCUCACUGCUUUGUGCCUUAGCCCGGGGGUGGGGGUGGGGAGAAAACCCCGGGACGGGGGUGGGAUGGGGGAAGGGAGAUUUAUAUUUUUGAUAUCAGCUUUGACCAAAGGAGACCCCCGGCCCUUCUCCGCCUCUUCCUGUGGUUCGUUGGCCCCCUCCCCCGGCUCCGUGCUGCUCUUGGGGGAAGGGGUGUCACUGUUGGGGCGCUCCCAGCCCUACCUCCGGCCCUUGCGACCACACCCAUUCUCACUGUGAAUCUCCCCGCUGGGGUCGGAGCGUCGGGCAGAGUUGGGGAGCGGGGAGGGGACUGAGCCGGCCGGAGGGCCCCCCGCCCCCGCCCCGCCCGCCCCGGGACUGAUAAUGUGAAGUUCCUCAUUUUGCACAAGUGGCACUAGCCCCAGGGCUAACCUUUCCCCCCUCUGGAGUCAGAGGGCUGAGACAGCCCUGGCCUACCCGGUCUCCCACUCCCGCGGUGGUCCCCCCUCCCUUCCCUGGGGCCCCGGACCAUAUUUAUUGCAUGCGCCCUGGGCGGCCCCCCCAACCCCGAGCCCAGGCUGGGCUGGGCUGGAACGUGGUCUCUUUAGCUCCCUCCUCCUCGUUUGUAUAUUUCCUACCUUGUACACAGGCUCUUCCAGAGCCGCUUCCAUUUUCUAUACUCGAACCAAACAGCAAUAAAGCAGUAACCAAGGA